GUUUACGAGGGUACAGUAGGCAUUGACGUGAAGCACACUGUUUGUGAGUUCACUGGUGAUGUGUUACGAAUGCCUGUUAGUGAGGAUAUACUCGGACGGACGUUUAAUGGAUCCGGGAAACCUAUCGAUAAGGGACCGCAUAUUUGCGCAGAAGACUUCAUGGAUGUAAAUGGAAUGGCGGUAAAUCCGUAUAUGCGCGUUUAUCCGGAUCGAACGAUCGAGACUGGGAUAUCAACCAUCGAUGUGAUGAGCACCAUAGCUAAAGGGCAGAAAAUCGCAAUAUUUUCGGGAUCUGGCCUUCCUCAUAACGAGAUCGCAGCUCAAAUAGUUCGUCAAGCUGGUGAAUCACACGAGUUCGCUGUCAUUUUCGCCGCUAUGGGAAUUAAUAUAGAGACAGCAAGACUUUUUGUUCAGGAGUUCGAGGAAAGAGGCGAUAUGCAGAAUAUUUGCAUGUAUCUGAACACUGCAGCCGAUCCGACAAUUGAGCGAGUGCUAACCCCACGCAUGGCUUUGACGGCGGCGGAAUUUUUUGCAUACCAAUGCGGACGUCACGUGGUGGUCGUGAUGACUGACAUGACCGCUUACGCUGAAGCACUGCGAGAGGCAACCCGUGAAGAAGUUCCGGGGCGAAGAGGAUUUCCUGCAUACAUGUAUACUGAUUUAGCAACAAUAUACGAAAGAGCCGGGAAAAUGAAAGGACGCGCCGGAAGCAUUACUCAGAUUCCGAUCCUAACUAUGCCCAAUGAUGAUAUCACACAUCCUGUUCCUGACCUGACCGGCUACAUUACAGAAGGACAGGAAUACAAUUCUCCACGACGUCGUCUUUUUAAUUGGGAAAAUUCAGGUGAAAGCAUAACACGAGGUGACCAUCCGUAUGUAUCGAAUCAAUUGUAUGCAUUGUAUGCAGCAGCAAAAGAGACUCUAGCGCUCAAGACGAUGGUAGGCUCCGAGGCUCUUACGAGCGACAACUUGCUUUAUUUGGAGUUUCUGAAAAGAUAUGAUAAAAAUUUCGCAACUCAGGGACAACAUGAACGACGCACUAUCACUGAGUCACUGGAUCUCGCAUGGUAUCUGCUGCGAGUGUUUCCCAGAGAGAUGCUGAAGGCAAUACCGGCAUCCAUACUGGAUAAGUACUACACUCGAAAAUAG